AAUGAAUUAUGAAUAGAUACAUCCAUCCAUUAUAUCUAUAAUAACUCGAUUUUAAUACAACAUCUAUAAUCCAAGAGGUGAGUGAUCACUCCCACAAAGACAAAACAACAACAAUUAGGCCUGAACUUGUUAAAGAAACUGGCAACAUAAAGUUUGGUGAAGAAUGGUGUUGUUUAGAGCUGGAUAUAGUCUAUCAAAGCUUGCAAUAAGGAGAACGUUACAACACGGUGGACCAUUUUCAGCAAGAACACGUGUCCUUCAAUCAGGAAGCCACUGUUUUCAUACUACGGUUUUCAAAUCAAAACCAGAAUCAACACCUAUCCCUCGAUCUGUUCCGCUUUCUAGGUUAACAGACAGCUUCUUAGAUGGAACUAGUAGUGUCUAUCUUGAAGAACUUCAAAGAGCCUGGGAGACUGACCCAAACAGUGUUGAUGAGUCAUGGGACAUUUUCUUUAAAAACUUUGAAGGCCCGGCAGCUUCGUCUCCCGGGUUAUCUGGCCAAACUAUUCAAGAGAGCAUGAAGUUGUUGCUACUAGUGAGAGCUUACCAGUUUCAUGGUCACAUGAAAGCCAAUUUAGACCCAUUGGGUCUCGAGCAGAGAGAAGUUCCGGAUGAUUUAGAUCCAUGUUUUUAUGGCUUCACCGAAACUGAUUUGGAUCGGGAGUUUUUUCUUGGCGUAUGGAAAAUGUCUGGAUUUUUAUCUGAGAACCGACCAGUGCAAACCCUUAGAGCAAUUAUGACUAGGCUUGAACAGGCUUAUUGUGGAAGUAUUGGUUAUGAGUAUAUGCAUAUUGCAAACCGCAAAAAAUGUAAUUGGUUAAGAGACAAAAUAGAGACUCCGUCCCCAAUGCAAUAUGAUAGCAAGCGACGCCAGGUAAUCCUUGAUAGGCUUACAUGGGGUACCCAGUUUGAAAACUUCUUAGCUACCAAGUGGACUGCUGCUAAGAGGUUUGGACUUGAAGGUGGUGAGACUUUAAUUCCUGGUAUGAAAGAGAUGUUUGAUAGGUCAGCAGAUCUUGGGGUUGAAAAUAUUGUCAUUGGGAUGCCUCACAGAGGAAGAUUGAAUGUUUUAGGUAAUGUGGUUAGGAAGCCGUUGCGUCAAAUUUUCAAUGAAUUUAGUAGUGGUACAAAGCCAGUGGAUGAAGUUGGGCUUUAUACUGGAACUGGUGAUGUUAAGUAUCACUUAGGAACUUCAUAUGACCGGCCAACAAGAGGCGGAAAACAUCUUCAUCUGUCAUUGGUUGCUAACCCGAGUCACUUGGAAGCUGUAGAUCCUGUUGUUGUUGGAAAAACCAGAGCAAAACAAUAUUACUCAAACGACGUGGAUAGAACAAAGAACAUGGGCAUCUUGAUUCAUGGGGACGGAAGCUUUGCUGGACAAGGUGUGGUCUAUGAGACAUUGCAUCUUAGUGCUCUUCCUAAUUACACAACUGGCGGAACUAUUCACAUUGUGGUAAACAAUCAAGUUGCGUUUACUACUGAUCCAAAAUGCGGAAGAUCUUCACAGUAUUGUACAGAUGUUGCUAAAGCUUUAGAUGCUCCCAUAUUCCAUGUCAAUGGUGAUGAUGUAGAGGCAGUUGUUCAUGCUUGUGAACUUGCAGCAGAGUGGCGGCAGACAUUCCAUUCAGAUGUUGUGGUUGAUAUCACUUGUUAUCGUAAAUUUGGGCAUAAUGAAAUUGAUGAACCAUUUUUCACCCAGCCCAAAAUGUACAAGGUAAUUCGGAAGCACCCAUCUGCACUCGAGAUUUAUGAGAAGCAGCUUUUUGAAUCAGGUCAAGUUACUAAAGAAGUCAUUGACAAAAUUCACAACAAGGUUAAUUCGAUUCUGAAUGAAGAAUUCAUCGCUAGCAAGGAUUAUGUCUUGCAGAAAAGGGAUUGGCUUUCAAAUUACUGGUCAGGAUUUAAGUCUCCCGAGCAGCUUGCACGUAUUCAUAACACUGGGGUCCAACCCGGGAUUUUAAAGAGUGUUGGGAAGGCGAUCACAACUAUUCCAGAAACCUUUACGCCGCAUAGAGCAGUAAAAAAGAUAUUUGCUGAUCGGAAAAAGAUGAUUGAAACCGGGGAGGGUGUUGACUGGGCGGUUGGAGAAGCCCUUGCUUUCGCUACGUUGCUGGUAGAAGGGAAUCAUGUGAGGUUGAGUGGUCAGGAUGUUGAGAGAGGUACUUUCAGUCAUAGACAUGCUGUAAUCCAUGAUCAGGAAACUGGGGAGCGUUACUGUCCUUUGGAUCAUGUUAUGACGAAUCAAAAUCGAGAAAUGUUCACUGUUAGUAACAGCUCUCUUUCAGAGUUUGGUGUGCUAGGAUUCGAAUUGGGGUAUUCAAUGGAAAAUCCCAACUCGCUUGUAUUAUGGGAAGCGCAAUUUGGUGAUUUUUCUAAUGGAGCACAGGUGAUGUUUGAUCAGUUUUUGAGCAGUGGAGAAUCCAAAUGGCUGCGUCAGAGCGGGUUAGUUGUGUUGCUGCCUCAUGGUUAUGAUGGCCAAGGUCCUGAACACUCGAGUGCAAGGCUUGAACGAUUCCUUCAGAUGAGUGAUGAUAAUCCAUUUGUUAUACCCGAGAUGGAACCAACUCUGCGAAAGCAGAUUCAAACAAGCAAUUGGCAAGUUGUCAAUGUUACAACCCCAGCAAAUUAUUUCCAUGUCUUGCGUCGGCAGCUGCAUAGGGAGUUCCGUAAGCCACUAAUUGUCAUGUCUCCUAAAAACUUGCUUCGUCAUAAAGAUUGCAAAUCAAAUCUAUCAGAGUUCGAUGAUGCUCAAGGUCAUCCGGGUUAUGACAAACAAGGGACAAGGUUCAAGCGUCUUAUCAAGGAUCAAAAUGGCCAUUCGGAUCUUGAAGAGGGCAUUCGACGUUUAGUUCUUUGCUCUGGAAAGGUGUAUUAUGAACUUGAGGAACAAAGGAAGUCAAUGGACCAGAAAGACAUCGCAAUUUGUAGGGUAGAACAGCUUUGCCCAUUCCCAUAUGACCUAAUCCAGCGUGAACUAAAGCGAUACCCUAAUUCUGAGAUCGUUUGGUGCCAGGAAGAGCCAUUGAACAUGGGGGCAUACACUUACAUUGCUCCUCGCCUUGGUACAGCAAUGAAGGAACUCCAUAGAGGUACCAUAGAAGACAUCAAAUACGUGGGACGUGCUCCAUCAGCUGCUACUGCAACCGGUUUUUAUAGUGUUCAUGUAAAAGAACAGUCUGAGAUAGUCCAAAAAGCUAUGCAGCCUGACCCCAUCACUACCCCCUCCCUUGCUUGACCUCUUUUAUUACAAUUUAGAAAACAAACUUAAUAAAGUGACACCAUUUGGAAUAAGGUAUACUUUUUAACUUA